AGAAAUAUUGCAGGGCCCUAAUAGCACGACUGUGUUCUUGAAGCAGUCUGCAGUGUUUACAUGUGAGACAGAUGGAGGUUUGGCUGGUUGGAGACUCAAUGGAACAAUCCUAGAAAAUCUUCCCCCUGAAAUUCAUAAUGACCUGGUAGUUUUGACAUUGAAUACUGCUCAGGGAAGUAGAGUGGAAAACUUAACCAUCCCAGCCAAAGCCAAGUACAAUGGAACUGUAGUUCAGUGUUUAGUUGUGGCACUCAGUCACCCAGCAUUACUCAGUGGGAAUGCUACGUUGAUAAUUCAAGGUCCCCUGUCUGCAGUAAGAGACCUAAGCGUUAUCAACAAUAUCAGUUCAGUUACAAUCUCCUGGACUGCACCAUUUUCUCUGGAUGUGACUGGUUCUCAUCCUGACAUCUGGUACUCUGUCCUCAUUUAUAAUGUGACAGAUGAGAACAACCCAACACCCAUCCUCUGUACUGACUGCAUCAAUAUCACAGAGACACACUACACUUUCUCUCCUGACUACAUCAGUCCAUGUCAUGUGUACAACCUAUCUGUCAUCCCUCUAAACGGAGCUGGCCAAGGAGAGAUCAGUGGCAAUGCAUCUGGAUAUAUUCCUAACUGUAAAUUACAAGCAGACGUGCUUUUACCCAUUUGCCAAGUUUCUUACGUGAUUGAGUGAAUUCCAGUUACACAUGUAGCUCUUUCAUUUCAGUUUCAGAUACUGUACGACCCUCCGGUAUUAAAGCUCUCUCUAGUAAAGAAUGCAGGGUUGAUUUUGACUCACUGGGAUGUAAUUCCAGUCGAUGUGAAAUCAGUGUCUCUCCUGAAGUGCAUGAUAGAUGUAUCAUUCACCAGUCUUCAUCACUAUCCAGCUUCGACCUAUGUGCAAACAGGAAGUAUACAUUUCGCAUUUCAGUGUUGAAUUCUGCCGGAGGAAAUGCUACCUUCCCCAUUUCUUUCACUACAUAUGAUAUCCAGCGUGCCACUACUAGUGUCAGUGACAGAAGUAAUGGAAUCAGUAUGACAGGACAUUUCAUUACCAAUACAAAAGCCAAAGGAUGUUUUAUAGUGUUGCAGCCUGAGGAUGGAUCUCCUGAUGUUUUCAGAAUAUUACCACGAAUUGGAAAUAGUGUUAUUGUUUCUGGUAUCAUCAGAUAUAUACAACCUUCAACCUACCGGACAUUUAUUCAUGAUGUGGAGCACGAUGGAUACCCUAAUGAGAGCCCAGCCAUUAUAACUAACAACACUGUGACUGUAGCUCUUGAAGAUGGUUCAUUCCCUGAAACACAAGGGUAUAUUUUAACAAAUGCAAGUUUACGCUUAAUUGGAUCAGUUGUCAUAACCACAUGUGACUUUCAAAAGGAUAGUAAAAAUUCUUCAUGCAUCCUUGUAUAUCGACAAUAUGGCAAUGAGACCAUUGGAAUUGUAGAGUAUCAUCAGGACACUACAAGUUUUCCUGUGAGACUGACUGUGCCUGCUGUUUUAUGCAACUACACGUUUGCUGUUUAUGGGAAGAAUAACACUGAUCUUGAUGAAAGGCCUAUCGUUACAAAACGGCAAAAAUGUGGUGAUUCCGAAUCUUCUGCAGAAAACAGCCGCCCAUACAUUACAGUACUUGGUGUGAGUGGUGGUAUUAUACUGAUUGAGUUAGCAGUUUUACUUGUACUUGUGCAACGGGUGAAAAGGCGCCGGCGAGAGUCUAACAGACGUAGUAACAUGGCUGGUAGUAGUAAGGAUGAACUUUUAAAAUGUGCUGAUCUUGAUGGUCGCCCAAGCUCAAUAACAGAGGGUGUUGAAGACAGGAGUAACACCAUGGUUUCUCAGGAAGACAAAGAGAAUGGUUUUUGUUCUGAGUUUGCCCAAUCAGAGUCUAAUCAGACAAAUGAUGCUGCCGUGUCUGGAGGUCAGCUGCCCAGUGUCAGAUGCACUUCGAGUAGCAGUGAUGAAAACAGGGAAUGCCAGGUAUUUUUAACACAUGAAGGGGAUAGAGGACCCGCUAUUAUGGCAUUCUACUCACUAAAUGAGGAGAUUUUAGAUACAGAGAGUGAUUUUAAUCGGAAUGGAGUGGAAGUAGUUGAAGAAAAAGACAGGGGUACCGGUCUUGCUCUAUACAAUUCGGUGUCUGAUGGGCAUCUCCGUAGGAGAUCUCAUUACAGUCAAAACCCCAUAUAAAAGUGAAACUAAUUGAGGAACAACACUGAUAUUAGGACUAAGUAUUAUCGCAAUACUCUUUUGUGUAACUGAUAACAUUGCUGUCUGCAUGAAACAGUGUCAGUAUCGUUGUAAAAGCAAUUUUGAGCAAACUUUAUUGCCAAAUUCAUUGCCAUAAGAUUUAUUA